AUGAGUUCAGAUGUUGCGCCAAUUCUCCCUCAGGGGGCAGGCUACGGGGUCGUGGUGGGAAUUGGGUUCUUCUUUGCCUUGGUGAUGUGUCUCGUGUCUUACAUCCAGAACAAAUACACCCAGUACUCUACCAAGGCUAGCGAGGAAUUCAAUACAGCUAGCCGGAGCGUCAAACCCGGAUUGAUUGCGAGUGGUGUUGUCUCUGCUUGGACAUGGGCUGCGACUCUGCUCCAAAGCAGCACAGUGGCUUAUGAGUAUGGAAUUGCAGGUCCAUUUUGGCUAAAUGUCAUAACAGACGCUGCUGGAGCAACUGUGCAAAUUUUCAUGUUCUCAGUCCUCGCAUGCAAAGUCAAGCAGAAUGCUCCUUAUUGUCACACCUUUUUGGAGAUCGUGUAUCACCGUUACGGAACGGCGACUCAUCUCGUGUUCGUGUUCUUUGCCUUAAUGACCAACAUCCUUGUUGCCAGCCAGUUGCUGUUAGGUGGCAGCGCCGUUGUAACGGCCCUUACUGGGAUGAAUGUCUAUGCAGCCACGUUUCUGAUCCCUCUUGGAGUCUGCGUUUAUGUUGUUCUAGGUGGUCUCCGAGCCACAUUCCUUUUCUACGCGACAAAUGAUCUUAUUGGAUCUCCAUCUAAAAUGUAUGACCUUCUGAAGGCUGCGUCUAUCGAACGACCGGUAGCAGGCAACCACGACGGAUCCUAUCUGACGCUGAAAUCGAAUUACGGUCUCAUUUUCGCUGUCGUUCAACUAUGCUCUGGCUUGGGCACAGUGUUUCUCGACCAAGGAUACUGGCAGAGAGCCAUCGCGAGUCGUCCGACAAGCGCUGUUCGAGCUUAUAUAAUGGGGGGAUUUGCAUGGUUCGCAAUUCCCUUUGGCUUUGCGACGACACUCGGCCUUGCUGCGGUGGCUCUAACGAGCAAUCCUCGUUUCCCCACUUAUCCAAAUAGCAUGACAUCCUCUCAGGUUUCAGCAGGACUCUCUGCUCCCUUUGGCGCUGCAGCAUUGCUUGGGAAAAAUGGUGCUGUUGCGCUGUUGCUUACUCUAUUCAUGGCCGUCACCUCGUCGUCUUCCUCUGAACUCAUUGCUGUCUCUUCGAUACUUACCUUCGACAUCUAUAAAGUCUACAUCAAACCUUCUGCAACACCUCAGCAGCUGAUCUUUGUCUCGCAUGUCAUGAUAUGUGUAUUCGGCGUUGUUAUGGCUUGCGUUGCAUGUCUCUGGAAUGGGAUUGGCAUCGACCUGGGAUGGCUGUUUCUCGUCAUGGGUCUCCUAAUAGGCGGUGCCGUCUUCCCGGCUGCUUUCACCGUGACAUGGAAAGGCCAGACCAGACUGGGUGCUGUUUGCGGUGCAGUUGGCGGCCUCUCUGCUGGUCUGAUCGCUUGGCUUGUGGAAGCGAAGGUAUAUUAUGGAACGCUGAAUAUCACUACCACUGGGGGUUCCUAUCCCACCCUUGCGGGAAACAUGGCCAGCGUUCUGACUGGCCUCAUUCUCACUGUUUUUAUCUCCUACAUGAAACCAGAUGACUUCGACUGGGAGGUCACCCGUGCAAUAAACGCACCUGAAGCAGGAGAAUCUGCAAUUAUCGUGCAGACUGGGGGCGAGGAUGGUAACCACGAUGUUGAGACCGUCCGGAAUGAGGAGAAGGAAAUGAUCGAGGACAAGAUCGUAGUUGAGGACCCCACACGGUUGCAGAAAACCUUCGUCACUGCGGUUAUUGUGUCUGGCGUACUGUCCUUUAUUAUGGACUUUGUCAUCCCGAUCCCGAUGUUCCUCUCUCAUUAUGUGUUCUCCAAGCCUUUCUUUACCGCAUGGGUUGUAAUUUCCUUCAUUUGGGUCUUUUCUGCCAUGUUCCUGUGCGGUAUUCUGCCGAUUUUGGAGACGAGAAAAUUUUUUAAGACAUUAGUGAUCGAGAUAUUCGGGCUGGGGAGGAACAAGGUUGUCAACAGCACGUAA